CCUGCCGUGCCUGGAAAAAUGUUCGACGAAAUAAACGAAAUGAUGAAUUUGUCGCGUCCUAAGUCCCCAAGCAGAGCUCCAAAUUCAAGCCGCAACGUCCGUAUACAAUCGUUUGACGACGAGGGUGAUGAUGAACCUCGUAUCGCGACUCCUGUCCGAAUGGUCAAAGGCAUCCAGAGUCCAUCUCGGAAUGUACGAACUUCAACUUGGGGCGGUGAAGGAGACGCAGGGCCCUACCGAAAUCCACAUGGAGGUAGAAAUAUGAAGUCGUAUGGGGGUGAUGGAGAUCUCGGUUUUGCAACCCCCAAGUAUCAAGGUCAGAUGUCUGUGAUGUCAGGACAUGGAGGUCCUUUCAACGGCUUCAAUCGUGUUCCCUAUAGCCCCAAAAAUGGCUUAUGGGCAACAAGUGGCUUCGAUCGCAGCCCCUAUGGCUCCAAUGGUGGCUUCAAUGGUCUCAAUAGUGGCUACAAUGGCUUCAAUGGUGGCUACGGUGGUUUCAAUGGUGGCUACGGAGGUUUCAAUGGUGGCUACGGAGGUUUCAAUGGCUUUAAUAGAAACAAUUUCAUGAACAAUGCAUUGCGUGCCGUACAAGAUUUCGUUGAGAGCCAGUCUGCGUUUACACUGACGAUUGAAUGCCCGGCGAAAAUCGGGAAAUACGUUUGCAAAAUCCAGUGUCGGAUGAAGCACGAGACACUGAGGGGAGUGUGCUUUCAUGACAGUUGCUUCUGCGCUCCUCAGGAACGAAAGGAGGCUCUGAAACACAUGAGCAGAAGUUACCGAGCUUUGGUCAGCGGAUACGACACAAUCUGCGACAACUGGAAGAACGUUAAACAGUGCAUGCGGUUCUGCAAAGCCUUGACGCCGAAUAAAAGCUACACCGGUAUCUGCAAGGAUGACCACUGUCAAUGCGUGACCAACCCGUCGAUCCCAGAAGCGAAAAAGUACGCCUGCAUGAAAGCCAUUCGGAAGGUGAAGAAGAUGGAGGACACGGCGUUGAAGUACCUGGGGUUCCGACCUUUGCCACUGAGCCAACUCAGCGCCGCCGCCGAGAAAAAGGUGAACGAAGUUGCGGACGCGACGCUUCGGAAGUUGAAGUCGAGCAACAAGAUAGACGGCUGCACGGAAGAGGAAAUCAAGAAUUUGAGGAGCAUUUUGGCGGGUUUGGCGCAAGGACUAAGUUUGGCGAGAGGUGGUGCACCGACACCGACACCGAGGCCGUCCAAUGGGAGUCAAGAAUCUAAACCUGGGGCGCCUAGUUCAGCAUCCCGGAGCUUUGGGCCGGGGCUGCGGGGCCCGGGAGUUAAAUGAACUUUGAUUUAACCACACACCACAAGUACACUGGACGCC